UUCCGCUCAUUUCAACAGUGAAAAGGAGAAAAACUUCAUUCCUUGUCAGAUUGCCGAAGCAAUAUGAAACUGUUCCGGAAGUACUCGUGGAAUUCCUCUGUAUUUCUGAUCUACCUGGCAGUAUCGGUCCAGGCAGCUGUCCAUGGACCAGACAACCCGAAUCAUCAAGCACUGUCCAACCCUUCAAGAACAAAGCGAUACAAUCCCUAUCAAGAUGGAUAUAACGUGAACAGAAGUCAGCUUCAGUUAAGAACUUCAGAGUUUUCAAAGUCACAAAUGCCAGCACCGGAUGGUUAUGGACUUCCAUCAGUAACUACAGAACAAAUGCUUGAACAGUGCUUUGUAGCAUCCAAAGCGGUUGGUGGACACUCAGCCACGUUCGAGGAUGCUCCCUUCCAUGCAUCACUCAGAGAUAUCCGCCAAGAUCGAUCCUACGGCUCAGGUCAUUUUUGCGGUGCAGUCAUUAUUACGGAAUACCUCUUGAUGAGUGCAGCCAGCUGCAUUCUUAAACAUGAGCCGCAAUACAUUGGUGUGGUCGUUGGGUCGAUAGAUAUGCAUAAGCAAGUCAUUGAUACAACUCAGUUGUUGCUUGUUCAAAAGACGGUUAUGCAUCCGGACUAUACACCCAAAUCAGGAGAUAACGACAUCGGACUUAUAAUACUGAAAACGCCAAUUGAAUUCAAAAAGAAUGUGGCGAGCAUACAGAUAGCUAAAAGAUCGCCCCUUAAAGAAGAAAACUGCCAAAUCUUUGGGUGGGCUUCACUGGAAUUGGGCUUUCAACCGAAUUGUCUAUUGAAGGAGACAGUUCCGAUUCACGAGUGGAAGGAUUGCAACCAUAUAACAGCACGACAUGUUAUACAGAUGUCCGAGAAGUCGAUCUGUACCAGUCCUGAUUACAAACCUUGUAAUGGUGACCUUGGCGGUCCUCUCGUAUGUAGCGGAUCUCUUAGUGGGAUUACCACCGGGAAAACGAACUGUAAUACUCAAUUAAUGCCUAUCGUCUAUACGGACAUAUACAAGUACACGGGUUGGUUGAAAGAAACCACCAAAGAGCAAAGUAACGCGCUCAAGGAGAAGUACCCAUCUGGAUUGGGAAAGAUUGAAAUAGCGAAAGCAGAAAGCGCCCGACAAGAAUCGGCCGGAAUAUCUCUACGUGCUUCUGUUUGCCUACUAGCACUCGCUGGUCUAUGUUUCCUAUUUUAGGCUAU